UUCCUCAAAUCCGAUUUACUUACUGCACCGAUCGGUUGCCUGCGAUAGCACUCAAAAAUGUGGAUCGUACUGUGCGCUUUUAUUGGCCUUCCGCUACUCUUGGUGGCCUAUUUCGAGCUUGGAUCACUGCGGCGAAAACAAAUGUUGAACAAGUUCCAGGGGCCAAGUAUGCUGCCCUUGGUGGGCAACGCUCAUCAGAUGGGAAAUACUCCCACAGAGAUUUUGAACCGAUUCUUUGGCUGGUGGCAUGAGUACGAGAAGGAUAACUUUCGUUACUGGAUAGGUUUCUACUCGAAUAUUAUGGUCACUAGCCCAAAGUACAUGGAGUUUAUACUUAGCAGUCAGACCUUGAUAUCCAAGUCCGACGUUUAUGAUCUCACUCAUCCCUGGCUGGGGCUGGGACUUCUGACCAGUACUGGCAGUAAAUGGCACAAGCACCGAAAGAUGAUCACGCCAGCCUUCCACUUCAACAUCCUGCAGGACUUCCACGAUGUGAUGAACGAGAACUCCAGGAAGUUCAUAGAUAAGCUAAAAAAUGUGGCAGACGGGGACAACAUCUUCGACUUCCAGGAGGAAGCUCACUAUCUGACCUUGGAUGUUAUUUGCGACACAGCCAUGGGGGUGUCCAUCAAUGCCAUGGAGAACCGAAGUUCUUCAGUUGUUCAAGCCUUUAAAGAUAUUACCUACAUGAUCAAGAUGAGAGCAUUUAAUCCUUGGAAGCGUAAUGAAUUUCUCUUUCGCUUUGCACCUGAGUAUCCAGCUUACAGAAGGACUCUUAAAACCCUCCAGGACUUUACCAAUGAGAUAAUAGCAAAGCGAAUUGAAGCUCGAAACGCGGGUGCUAAAUCAACCAGCCAGAGUGACGAGUUCUCCCGCAAGAAGAUGGCUUUUUUGGAUACUCUUCUCUCAUCCACUGUGGAUGGUCGACCUCUAACUUCCCAAGAGCUUUACGAAGAAGUAUCCACCUUUAUGUUCGAGGGCCAUGACACCACCACAUCUGGAGUUGGCUUUGCAGUCUACCUGCUCUCCAGACAUCAAGAUGAACAGAAAAAAUUAUUUCACGAACAGUGCGAGGUGAUGGGGGAUUUGGGAAUUGGUCGUGAUGCAUCCUUUCAGGAAAUCUCCCAAAUGAAGUACUUGGAUUUGUUUCUGAAAGAGGCUCAGCGACUUUAUCCGAGCGUACCUUUCAUUGGUCGCUUCACGGAGAAAGAUUACAUAAUUGAUGGCGAUCUAGUGCCGAAGGGCACCACUUUGAACUUGGGCCUUCUCAUGCUGGGAUACAACGAUCGUGUGUUCAAGGAUCCUCAUAAAUUUCGACCAGAUCGCUUUGACCUGGAGAAACCUGGACCCUUUGAAUACGUUCCUUUUAGUGCCGGUCCACGAAAUUGCAUUGGGCAGAAGUUCGCUCUGCUGGAGAUCAAGACUGUGGUGUCCAAGAUCAUUCGGAACUUCAAGGUGCUGCCUGCUCUGGAUGAGCUCGUCUCUAAGGACGGCUACAUAAGUACGACACUGGGCCUUCCUCCAGCGGAGAAGAAAAAGCGCGAUACUCACAUCCAUAAAUAUGAUCCGGUUUUAUCGGCUGCCAUGACCUUGAAGUCUGAGAAUGGCCUGCAUCUGCGCAUGACACCGAGGUUUUAAAUGUGAUACUAUGACAAAAGUUAAAAAAAGCCUACUUUUAGGCCUACAA